AUGUCAUCAUCCAGACCAUCACAUCCCAACUUACCUCCCUCCCUUCAAAUCUUAUACCAGAAACAACAGGAAUACGCGGGUCUACAAGCCCUACGUGAGGCAUCGGCGGAAAUGGUAACGAGGGUGGAGAAGUUGGCGGAGAUGAGCAAUAUCAUGGCUGAUGGAGGUGAAGCUGUGGGAGGUGUAUUGAGGAAUUGGCCUCAUGUAUUUUCGAUAUUGAACUUAUUCGCUCAACAACAAUCCGAAAGGUCAGAUACAUCAAUACAAGAAGACGAACAGGAAGAACAAGAACCAUUACCUGUUUUAGUCAGACUACCUUAUGGUGGAGAGACGACUACCACCUCGACUAGUACGAGUAAUAAGAACGGGACUGAUCAACAAGAUACGACGAGAUAG